CUCGUACAGUCAACAACGGACCGUAUCAAAUAAUAAAUGUUAAAAAUCUUUCGUUUUCGCGGGGUUUUGUCCAAGUGUCAACCCGUGCGAUUCUACGGAGUACAAAUAAAUCAAAAUAUCGAUUUAAAAAAAGCGAUUGAAUCAAUGGCAUGCGUCAAACAACCAGGCCAACCACCCAAAGUUUGGCAAUUGCUUGAAAAAGUAGGCAAAGAUGGAAAACCAUUGAAAUUCACAAUUCAAGAGAUUCCUGAGGACAGAUAUGAAGAAGCAAUUCAAUACCUGUGCAAAAAUCUUGUGGCUAAAGAACCGAUCACCAAAUAUUGGAACCCCAAAAAUGAUCCUCUAAUCUUAACAGACUUAUGUACAUUGUGGACUAUAUUAUUCACACAAAACAUAUCCAUAGCCGCCUUCAUCGACAAUCCUAAUGGCGGGAAACCAAUAAUCGCCGGCAUAAAUGUUUUAGGUGUUUCCAUUAAAGGCCAUAAAGACGGUAUCUCAGAAUACAAGUUCAUGUCACCAAUCUCCAAAAAUAUAUUCGAACUCAUAAACGGCCCAACUAAAAUAAUAUAUGAACGUUACGAAGUAAACAAAUAUAUAAAUGGUAUCGCACUUAGUGUAGGACCCAUCUACCGAGAGUACGGAUUAAUCGUAGAUUUUCUAAAAAUCAGGGAUCAAAUCGCACGUGAGUAUGAUAUACCGGCGGCAACCGCGACAUUCACAUCAAAAAUCUUACAAAAAAUGGCGAUGAAUGUGGGAUUCGAGACACUGGUAGAGAGAAAAUUUGCCGACAUAGUGGACAAGAACGGAAAACAGCAGUACUCCGGUAUCAAAAUUGAAUCACUUAUAACCAUGGGAAAAAAGUUCUCUUAGUGUAAUCACGUGUCACGUGUGAAACACGCAAGAAUUAUGCAAGGUAAAUUGCUUAAUUUCGUGACAUAAAAUUAUUUUUGUAAUUUUUAUUACAAACAAUUUGAUAUAUUCAUCGUAUAUUGUUUUGAUCUGUAAUGUGAAUAACAAUGAAAAGGUCUUUUUCGAUAUUUCGAGCGUAUUAUGAUCUGCUUGCCGACGUGCGCUGAAAGGCAAGCGAGUAAGCUUCCGUUCUGGUAAACAGCGGCAUUUGAAUGCAUUUGGUAAAUGUUACAAAGUUUUAACACAUUUUCGCACAUACGCGAUAAAAUGCGAGAUGUUACAUUUCCGCUAUGUCGGAAUAUAAUUUGAAAUUCGUGAUAUCACUGUAUCGAUCGCGCGGCUAGAAUUUUACGCGGUUUGACCUAUUUAUGGCAUGCCAAAGAAGGAAAUCUAAUUUAGGACUCUGUAUUUCCUACACGAUAAUCGAUAUUAGGUUAUUAUCUUUUCUACAUUGAUUGCAAAACACAAUAACCAAAAUGAUCGUAUUUACUGUUAAGCUAAACAGAAAAAUCACGAUAACCUUACUUCUCGAAUCAUAAAAAUUCAAUGAUUUUUUAUCUUCUUUAUCACUAUUUUUUUUUAUAAGUAUAGUACUUAAA